AGCGCCCCUCUCUCCCCCCUCCUACUCGUCUCGUCGACCUUCUUUAUGACACUCUUUCCUCCCCGAUUCGCCUUUUCCUUGACGUAUCGAAUCAGACGGCGGCCUCCAUCGAUUUCUGCUUUCACUGUCUCCAGGAGAAUGGCUUCCUCCCGCCAGCAGCCCCCGUGGCAGCAGCCUACGUUACACCCCGAAGCCAGCGCUCGAUUACCUCCUCUGAAAGUCUAUAACUCGUUGACGCGGUCCAAAGUCCCAUUUAUUCCCAUCGAUCCUGAGGGGCGAAAGGUCACCUGGUACGCUUGCGGGCCUACUGUCUACG